AUGAACGAUUUCAAGCUAAAAUCAUCUUUGAAUCAGAACAAGAUCUAAUCAAUAUCAUAGCGAUAUUAAACAAAUCUUUAAUCACCUAAAUCUUCAUACAUCAAACCUUAAACACUCUAAUAAUCUGCAGUAUUCUAGAACUUAACUAACAAUACUACAGUCCACUAAGAGGAGCCAUCAUUUAUUCCUCAAUAAAACAAUAGUUCAACGGAUUACAUCAACUUGUGGAAAGACUUCAGAAAUGACAUUCGCAAAAAGCUAGAAACUACCACCAAUGUUUAGAAGAACCCUCUGACUUCAAGAUCUAAAACAAGAGACAUUUCUUAGACAAAAACUAAUGAACAGGAUUAAAACUCCUAUCGCGAAUCAACCAUUAAGAAUAGUUUUGUUAGCAAUUCUAAUAAUAAGUCUACUAUUUUGAAUAAGCAGAAUAAUGAUCAGUUUAACUAUAGCUAAAGGAUAGCUUAAUUUUAGCCAGAGAAUAAUGAAAAUAAGUUAGAGUAUGAUUUAAAGAGGGCAAGUAAGAUUCAAGACAUUUUUUAAAAGUAUUUGAAAGAAGACCCGAUUGAGAAGCAAAAACCCAACGCUGACUAGAGUUAAACAAGAAUAUAGAACUAGUCUUAUCUUAGAUAAUCACCAGCAAGACUUAAUAAUGGAAAAUCUAGACAAUCAGAGAAAUUCCUUGAAAAGAAAAAUGAGAGAGAUUCUUUGAAUCCAGGAAGUUUAGUAUCAAGUCAAAACAAUAGAAACUAUCACAACCAUAAUGUGUCAAACAGUACCCCAUACACUCCUAAAAGAUAAAACAACUUUGCUUAAAAUAAUUUAUAUGACUCAGUGAACUAAACUGUAAUUUCUUAGUAAUCACCAAUAACAAACUUAAUGAAAGCUCUAGAGUAAAAAGCUCAUUAAACUCAAUUAAUCUCACCUCCUGUUUAGGGAUCGCAUAGAAAAUCUAACUUUAACUCCUCCAUUGAAAAUCUUAGCUAACUUUAGCAGCAAAAGUUAUAGAUAAACAACUUUAGCAUGUAAUAACCUUAGCCUACUAAUAAAUCGCCAAGAGUCUCAUUCUCUAUUAAUCAAUUCAGUAAAUCAUUUAGAAAGGAAGAAAUUAUGUCUCUAAGAUAGGCUCUAGUUCAUUUAAAUGAGGAUGAAGCUGAAGGUCUGCCAUUUGGUCUCACUAAUGAAUUGCUAAAACUAGCAGAUGCAAUAAAUGAGAAAUUAGGAAAGUCAAGCCAUAAAAUGGUUCUUAACCAUUUAAAAUGA